GUAUCCAUUAUCUCCGGUCAGUCAGCGGCCACACGCAACUUGGCCUCCGCGGUUUCAUCGGUGCGCCUACUUCUCACAUCUCCAGCUCGCAUAAAUAGCCCGCGGCCUGCAAGCUAGGACGGCAAGCAAACCACAUCAGAUCGAGCCAAGAAACCUUCUCUCAUCAUUUCUAAUCGUCCCAUAGUUGACUCUUGUUCAUGAUGGCGGGGAUCGAGGCAGCGUCUGCGGCGGCGGCGGCGGAGGCCAGUCCGGUGGAGGAGGGGACGACCAACAAGACGGUGGUGCUGGUCGGCGUGGACGACAGCGACCACAGCUACCGCGCGCUCGAGUGGGCCGUGCGUUACGUGGCGGAGACGGCCGGCCCCGGGGCGCCGGUGGAGCUCGUCGUCGUCCACGCCAAGCCGGCCGUGUCCUCCGUCGUCACGCUCGGCGGCCCCGCCGCCGCCGGGGACGUGGUGAGGUACGUGGACGCGGACCUGCGCAGGAGGGCCGAGGAGGUCGUCGACAGGGCUCGCCGCCUCUGCGCCGCCAACUCGGUGCAGGGAGUGGUGAAGGUGAUCGACGGGGAGCCGAGGUACGUGCUCUGCAACGCCGUCGAGAAGCACCACGCCGACUUGCUCGUCGUCGGCAGCCAUGGCUACGGCGCCAUCAAGAGGGCAUUUCUUGGGAGCGUGAGCGACUACUGCGCCCACCACGCGCACUGCUCCGUCAUGAUAGUCAAGCAGCCCAAGCCCAAGGAAUGAUCGAUCGACAUUUCCAGUUCGCCAGUGUUGGCAUUGUGCCAUUUGCGUGCCCACGUACUGCACUGUAUCCCUGUCUAAUUACUGUACUCUAUUAAUUCGUUGGAUCCUCCGAACGUUUAUACAUCGGUGCCUGACAUGACGCUUUGGGUUCAUCUUCUGGUGUCAUCGCCGUUUGCCGCACAUGUUUGCACCAUUAAGCCGGCAAGUUGAAAGAUUGGGUGUACAUUUAUCUCUUCAGUUGUCAUUUCGGGCCAUUGCAUCAAUGAUAACAAACGCCUGGACAGAGGUGGGUGAGAUUGAUACCUUUAAGCUAAGAGGAUAUUACAUGA